GGUGCACGCCGGGAGUUGUAGUUCGCAGGUCGAGGCGGUGGGCGUCUCCUCAAGGAGCUCGGGCCUCUCCCGGAUGGCGGCUGCGACGCGCGGCUGCCGGCCCUGGGGCUCGUUCCUCGGGCUCCUCGGGCUGGUCUCGGUCGCGGCCGCCGCUUGGGACGUGGCUUCUCUGCGCUGCAACUUCGGCUCCUUCUGUGAGUGCGACUUCCGGCCGGACUUGCCAGGCUUGGAGUGUGACCUGGCUCAGCACCUGGCUGGCCAGCACCUGGCCAGAGCCCUGGUGGUGAAGUCUUUGAAGGCCUUCCUGCAGGACCCCACCCCUGCGAAGCCGCUGGUCCUCUCCCUGCACGGCUGGACCGGCACGGGCAAGUCCUAUGUCAGCUCCCUGCUGGCGCGCUACCUCUUCCGGGGUGGCCUCCGCAGCCCCCAUGUGCACCAUUUUUCCCCCAUUAUACACUUCCCACACCCCAGCCACAUCGAGCGCUACAAGAAAGAUCUUAAGAGCUGGGUCCAGGGGAACCUCACCGCCUGUGGCCGUUCCCUCUUCCUCUUCGAUGAGAUGGAUAAGCUGCCCCCAGGCCUGAUGGAGGUCCUGCGACCGUUCCUGGGCUCCUCCUGGGUUGUGUAUGGGACCAACUAUCGCAAAGCCAUCUUCAUCUUCAUCAGCAACUCUGGUGGUGAGCAGAUCAACCAGGUGGUUCUGGAGGCCUGGCGCAGCCGCAGGGAACGGGAGGAGAUCAGCCUGCAGGAACUGGAGCCCACCAUUUCCCGGGCUGUGCUGGACAACCCCCACCAUGGCUUCUGGCGCUCGGGCAUCCUGGAGGAACACCUGCUGGACGCCAUAGUGCCCUUCCUCCCGCUCCAGAGGCAUCAUGUAAGGCACUGUGUGCUCAAUGAGCUGGCCCAGCUGGGCCUAGAGCCCCGGGAAGAGGUGGUCCGGGCUGUACUAGACAGUGCUACCUUCUUCCCUGAGGAUGAGCAGCUCUUCUCCUCCAACGGCUGCAAGACUGUGGCCUCUCGGAUCGCCUUCUUCCUCUGACACUUGGGGCAUCCUUGCCGCCUCUGGCCAGACCACACAGGAAAGCCCUUGUCCUGAGCUUGCUGGCCAGUGGGACCCAGGGUAAAAAGUCAAGGGUGUUGGCUAAGCCAAGGACACAGGCCAAAGGACCUGGCCUCUCACCUGGUGAGAGGCACUGUGGCCUUUGCUGCCUUCCCCAUGGAACCCUGGUCACCCCGGAACCUCAACUGAGCCUUGACCUCUUCCUGCAGCCUGAGCUUUCUUAAUGUGAAUUGUAACUCAGGGACUGAGUCUCGUGGCUGCCCUGUCUGUCCUGGGCUGUCCCCUCACCCCCAUCCACCAUGCCAUUGUCCUGGCUCCACAUUCCCCGCAUCCACAGCCCAGCUCCCAGUGUCACAUCAGGCUGGGACUCAGCAGUUUCUACGAAUGGAGGGACUCGAGCUGACUUCUGUCCUGCGUUUGGAUGAUUUUAAUCUCGUAAAAGAAGAGAACAAGUGUAAUAAACCUAGCCGUGGGAUCAGA